AUGUUGUGGCGAGCAGUGGCGAGCGUCACUGGCUCGAGCGAUCGGUUCGUCUCGUCUUUCGCAUUGUUUCGCGAAUUGCAUUCUCAAAUUUAUGUUUACGACACCGUUGCUUACGUGUUUUCCGAGAGUUGUGCGCGUUUAAAUCGCAUCAGUUCGAAUGUAUCCAACCGUCCCAAGCUAACGAAGGUAACGACCGAUCAUCGGCGGUACGCAGGUAGGCGGGCAAGCAAGUCCGCGAAGCGGAGUUAGCGGAGUGAAGGUGGCGGCGGAACCGCGGAACGGGGAACGUCGAACGAGGAGCGGCAUCGGCUUGAAUUCGGCUGCGGAUUUCGCGGGCGGCGUAUCACGGGCUCCAGGAGGCUCCUUGGGAUUCCGAUCGUUUUCGUCCGCCGCGGAAGAGCCACGGCAGGAGAGAAUGCGGCGCGACCGGCCGAUAGACGAUGGCCGUUAGAACGAAACAUAUCGUAAACUUUGCCGGCGGGCAGGAGGAACGCGGAAGGAAAGGAGAUGACACGUGGGGUCGUACAAGAGAACGAAACCGCGAAUUUUCCACGCGCGCGCAAAUAACGAUCGAGGAGAGGUACGGCCUUGGAAGUGGCGAACGACAGUUCCUGACGAUCGAUCGACAGUCGCUUACAUAGCUUAACGCCGUCGAUUUAUACGAGUCUCGCAAUCCCUCUCGAUCACCGACACCAACCGCGAUCGCAAGACGGUUUCCUUUUAUUCGACCGGAAGGGAAAGAAGUCAAUCGUCAUCGUAUAUCUCGUUCCCUCGAAUAAAACACGAAGCACGACGAAGUGGCGGCACAAUGUAGCGCGGUGAUCUCGGCCGAAAGGUGUGAACUUUCUUACGUGAACUAGGAAACCAGUGCGAAAGUUCAAGGAAUUAUUCGCAAAGACACAAACGCGAGGAUGAAGACGAUGGGCGAUGUCGUCGCGGAUCCCAUCGACGAGAACGAUGGCACGGUGCAGCCCUCCAGCGCGAGCAAGGAGUUCGGUCAGAGGACUCUGAGAUCCUUGAAGAGAGGACUGGGUCGGCUCUGGAGGAGGCACAGAGGCAACGCGUCGAUUACUGAAUACGAUCCCUCCUACAAAGUCGCGUAUCUUGGAAAUGUGCUGACCGGAUGGGCCAAGGGUGAAGGCUGCGUCGAGAAACCCGUGUCGACUCUAUGGCGGAACUACGUAAGCAGCAAUAGACCCGACGUUUCCAUGAGGUUGACGGUGACCAGCGGUGGUCUGACCGCGACCACUAAAGACCACGGCCUCACCGAGUAUUGGGCUCACCGUGUGACUUACUGCACAGCGCCAACCACUCAUCCACGCCUCUUUGUUUGGGUAUACCGACACGAAGGCCGCAGACUGAGGCCCGAAUUAAGGUGUCACGCAGCCCUGUGCAGCAAAGAAUCUACCGCAAGAAGACUCGCCUCGAUCUUGAAUACCAGGCUACAACAGGCGCUCAUGGAAUUCCGCCGGGACAAGGUCUCCAGGCAAAACGCCAGAUUGUCUCUGGCAAACGCAUUAUACGACAAUCCGUCGUUGCCGCGUAGGAAACUUCUUCUGAGUACCGGUGGUCAAAACUAUCGACCGCCCUUGGAGAGGUCAAAGAGCGCGCCUAAGUUAUCAGCGAUUGAAGAGGACACGGUAGCAGAAGAAAUAGAGCAGAAGAGGCUGCUGGAGGAAUUACGUUCCUUGGAGAACGUAGCACGUAGCUGGGAAGACCAGGACGGCUGGAGGAUAGCCAGACUACUGGAAGCCCUCAACCGCGAGUCCGACGAAAACGGUAGCAUCUCCAGUGGAUGUGAAACCGCCAGCACGGCGACCAGCGAGGAAAGAGCCACCGGCCCGGAGGAACAUCUUACUCAGAAUCAGCGAGGGUCAAUCAAAAGAGUUCUCUUCACGGAGGACCGAGUCGGCAGGAGAUCAGGACCACGAAGAAAUUCGGAAGGUUCACCACAUUUCAUGACAUGCGCCGGUAGUCCCCGUUUCAAUCCUAUGGAUCCUAUGAAGAGGUUUCCUUUGAGCGAGGAAGAAGAAUCGAUGGAGGAAGAAGAAGAAGAAAUGGAAGACACUGCUUCGAAUAUGUUCGAUUUCGAGGAUGUCGAGGAUCUCGACGACGUGGUGGAUUAUCGGCCGAGGGGAGAGGUGAUGAACAGGAUUGAGGAUCCGCAGAAGAGGGAAAGGCGAGCGAACGAGAAGUAUCCUGGUAGGAUAGGUCACGAUUUUUUGCAAAAUGAGGAGACUUCGUUCCUAACUCUGGAUUCUCUCGACGAGGAGGCCGACAGCGAUGAGAGCGGUUACGUGGAAGCACCACCAAAGUCUUUACUAGGUCAAGACGACAAGAAAGAAGAGGAAGAGAGUGAACUUCCGCGAUUAGAGUCAUUUACGAAUAAAAGAGAAGACAAAUUGGAGUCGACGUGUAGAACCGACGAAAGUGAGAAUCAGAGGACGAAACACGAGGAUUCUAAGUUAGAUAAGCAAGAGGAAAGAAAAACGGAGAAGAAAGAUCCCUUAAUGAUGGUCAAAGAUAAUCAAAGAAUUAAGGAGAGGGAAAGGGAAAGAGUAGAUUUUAAAUAUCCUAUCUCAGAUACUAUUAAAAAGUUAGCUAGCGCGUCACUAAGAAAUUCCAAAUCUUUCGAAAUGGCAAGCAAUAAUUGCUUAAACGUACUAAAUAAUUUUAAAACCUCCAAGUCAUUUGACAGUGUGAAGAAUGAUGAGAUUACCGUGGAUUCGCCAAGUCUUCACCAAAGGAAGCAGUUAUUGGCACAACGCGGUGUCAUGGUUUAAAACAUCCCUUCUAAGUUGAAUAUUUUUCCGAUUCCAUAUUACAAAUUGAACGGAAAUUCAAUUAACUGAAUAAAUAUUUAUCUAUUAUUAAUAAUCAUCACAAAUCAUCAAAAACAUAAUUAUGUAAAAAUACCGAAUCUAUAAAUAAGAGCGCAAAAUUAAUAUCCGAGCUAAAGUGUGCCUAAUAGAUUUAUUAAAUUGCAUCAAUUAUUUCGUUUUUGGCAAACGAAAAUAGGACUUUAUUGCAAAUAUUUAUUAGGAGAAGUCGUUUUCCUUUCUCGUAAUGUUUAUAAUAUAAAAUAGACGGAUUCGACGACAAAUGCAUUAAAAUUCUACGUCAAAAUCAUAUUAAAAAUAUCUGUUUGAAUAAUAUCAAAGCAACAAUUAAGAUAUUCAAAUGAUUUGCUUGAUUUUAAAAAGUCCCGUUUGAAUCUUUAAAUGCGUCAAAAUACUAUCAUUGAGUUGAACAAAUACACUUAGUGUCGAAAUUCGAUUUAAGCACAAUAUUCUAAGAGACGUAGUUGAUUUCUUGAGCCUCUCUAGUUGGUUAGUUUCUUACGCCUGAGAAUCGUGACCUCGCAGAAAAAUAUACUAAAAUAGACAAUAUACUAAUAUCGGUUAAGAAGCCGGUCAGCUAAAUUAAAUAUGAUACAAAAUGAAUUUGACACAAUAAUAAUUUCCACAUAAACUAUAAUUGGAACCAACAUUAUUGUUUCGCGCAAAGCUAUCUAGUUCCUCAUGUUGCAACUAUAGGGGUUAACAAGGAAAAUAUACUCACAUAUUAUACAUACAUAAUAUGUAUUAUAUAUACAUAUAUGUACAAGGCAGAUGUAAAAAUCCUGAAGCUAUCUUUGAUAUUCGUAUCUACUAUGUAUUGCAGAGAUAUAGUCAGAAAUUAAAAAUACCCUAUUUGAAAGCCUAUAGAGGCUUUAUCAAAAAUAUUUGCAAUGGAUAGAAUUGGAAUAAAAUCACCUCGUAGAAAUAUAAUCUUAUAUCCAAAAAUAAAUGGCUAAUUUAGCAAUAUGACUUUUCGUAUCGUUGAUAUUAGACUUCCGUAUGUUCAGAUAUUAGACUUGCAUAUUCAAUAUUUGAAUAUGAAAAUCGUCUAUAUUUUGAAGAUUAAAGGGACAUUUAUUGGAUCUUGUUGGUUAUAAUGUUAAUAUUGUUCGAAUUACUACAAAGUUAAGUUUGGAUUUUGUGAAAUAGGAGAUGUCGUAAAUCGGAAGCGGUUUAAUUAAGUAAAUGAUUAAGUGACUACGCUUGUAAAUAUAAUUUUUCGCGAAGUGGAAAUCGACGAUACAUUGUUACUCGUAAUAUAUUAUUAUUACGAGUAAGAACGCAAAUGAAUAGACAUUGUAGAAUAUGAUUGUGGUUUUUAUUGCGUUCUUUUAUCCAACACUUUAUGCAACAUUCCAACAUUUCCAAACUAUCCUGAGAACGAUCGAAGAUUAUUCUAAGAUGCGAAUCCAUACGUAUCCAUCGCUAUUCAGGACAUUCAAUAAUACGUUUGUCCGAUUAUUAUCCAGGUUCAUCGCUUUAAUACAACUUUAUUUAAAUACGCGACGUAUCCAUCAUUCAUCCAUGCUCUAUUAUCAAGAGCCGCGAUAAUUUGUUAAAUCAAGAAUAAAUGUUGCCUUUCCUUUUUUUUCUAUCAAUUAAUUAUCAUGAAAAGAAACAAUUUAGUGCGUAGUUAAAUGUACUUCGCGCGACAAUAAUAUGUACAUACAUUAUUUUCGGCCUAUACAUUGACAGAAAUCAAAACAUUCCUUCGCAAACCGAUCUUCAAUAAUAGUAUAUGUUAUCGGUAACGAUUCGCAUAUAAUAUAGCUCAUGUCAUCGAUUAGGCAACAAGAUAAAUAUUCCGAAUCGAUCAUAUCCAUCGAGGAUUUCGCCGCCGAUGCGAAACCCGAGAUGCAUUUUUGUGCCAGAUUGCGGCCGGAGUCUGUAUCGCGACGAUCGUUAUGUAUGAAAGAGAGAGGUGGUACCAAUAAAGUAAAGGAAAACUCGAAAGAUCGGAGUUUUCUAAAUCUGCAUCUUCCCGUUUCCUGACCCAUGAACCUCGGAAUUGUCUCUCGGAAUUUUGUAUAAAAUUGCAUCUGAGACAGUUCAUGAUCAGGACGAAUCGACUAAUAAUUUCGGAUAGCGUGCGUCGAUGAAAGAAAACGCAAAUCGUGAUUUUUUAAGGUCAUCUUAUAAGCAAUAUUAAGG